AUGGGCGGACACCACCACAGACAACAUGGGCGGACACCACCACAGACAACAUGGGCGGACACCACCACAGAAAACAUGGACGGACACCACCACAGACAACAUGGACGGACACCACCACAGAAAUCAUGGACGGACACCACCACAAACAACACGGACGGACACCACCACAGACAAUUAACAUGGGCGGACACCAUCACAGAAAACAUGGACGGACACCACGACAGACAACAUGGGCGGACACCACCACAGAAAACAUGGACGGACACUACCACAGACAACAUGGACGGACACCACCACAGAAAACAUAGACGGACACCACCACAGAAAACAUGGACGGACACCACCACAGACAACAUGGGCGGACACCACCACAGACAACAUGGGCGGACACCACCACAGAAAACAUGGGCGGACACCACCACAGAAAAUAUGGACGGACACCACCACAGACAACAUGGGCGGACACCACCACAGACAACAUGGGCGGACACCACCACAGAAAACAUGGACGGACACCACCACAGACAACAUGGACGGACACCACCACAGAAAUCAUGGACGGACACCACCACAGACAAUUAA